GGCUCGUCCGGCCCGGCCCCGCCCGGCCAUGGCGGCCCAGCGGCCGGACCCCGAGCUGGCCCGGCAGCUUUUCUUCGAGGGUGCGGCCGUGGUAGUGCUGGACGUGCCCGAGGGCACCGAGUUCGGUAUCGACUAUAGCGCGUGGGCCGUGGGGCCGCGGUUCCGCGGUGUGAAGAUGGUCCCGCCGGGGCUGCACUUCGUGCACUGCAGCGCGGGCAGGGCGGGCGGCGGGCGGGACACGGGGCCGCGCUCCGGCCGCUUCCUGAGCCUGCGGCGCCGCGAGGUGCGGGUGCUGCGCUGGGACCCCGCGGGCGAGGCGGUGCGGCCGGAGCCCCCCGGGGAGGGCGAGGCUCUCCGGGAGAGCCUGCGGGAGCUGGACCCCUUCCUGGGCCCGUACCCGUACGAGACGCUGAAGAAGUGGGUCUCGCUGACCUCCUUCAUCAGCGAGGCGGCGGCGGAGCAGCUGCAGCCCGAGAGCGGCGAGAUCUGCGCCUUCGCGGAGGUGCUGCUGGAGCCGGCGGGGCGGCACACGCGGGACCGCGCCGGGCAGCACCGGCCGCCGCUCGGGGCCGAGUGCCAGAGCUACGCCGAGGGGCUGGCGAGGCUGCCCCGCAUGCGGCCCCGAGCCGGCACCCAGAUCCGCUUCACCGAGCUGCCCAGGCAGCUGUACCCCGAUGGGGCCACUCCCGAGGAGAUCACCCGGCACAGCAUGGACCUCAGCUACGCCCUGGAGCGGGUGAUGGAGCAGCGCUAUCCCGGCCGCCCGCUGGAGCUGCUCGGUGAGCUGCAGUUUGCUUUCAUUUGCUUCCUCAUUGGGAACGUGUACGAUGCCUUUGAGCACUGGAAAAGACUCCUGAACAUCCUGUGCCGAUCUGAAGACGCCAUAGGGAAGUACCAAGACCUUUACAUCAAUCUCAUUUCUGUGCUGUAUCACCAGCUCAAUGAAAUCCCAGCAGAUUUUUUUGUGGACAUUGUCUCCCAGGACAACUUUUUAACCAGCACGUUACAGGUGCUCUUUUCCUGCAUGUGCAGUGCUGCUGUUGAUGAGACUCUAAGGAAAAAGGCUGAAAAGUUCAAAGCUCACCUAACGAAGAAGUUUAAAUGGGACUUUGAGGCAGAGCCUGAUGACUGUGCUCCUGUUGUGGUGGAGCUGCCUGAGGGUGUGCAAGUGGACUGAGCCAAAUGCUCCCUUGGCAGCAAACAGCUUUAAAAAUAACUCAUUCCUUCUCUUCUCCAGCUGUGCCAGCUUCCUGAAUGCAGUUUCUGAAGCUAAUCUUCUUUCUGCUGUAGAACACGGGAGGAUGCUGAACUUUGCGAGGAGAUCAGAGUUAUUGGAGGAGUUUGAGAGUUGUCACGUGGACACCUUGGUUUUUUCCCCAGCUCCUCUGCAACAGCUCCUAAUAGAAUACAAAUUCAAUACAAAUUCAAAGAAUCAUUUAAGUUGAAAAAGACCUUUUAAGAUCAUCAAGUCCAGCCAUAAAUCUAACACUGCCAAGAUCAUCCUGCACUCAGCUGACUGGGCUCGUGUUACAGGGGUGUGACCACUACUGUUUCACUAUUGUGUCAGAUGCUCAUGCUGCUCACUGUGAUUUGUCUGUUGUGGAAGAGGACUCAAAGCCUCAGCAAAAUUCCUCCCAUUGCAUACCCCUAACACUGAGGUAUCUUAUUCCUCCCAUUCUGUUAAAACCUUUUGUAUUUACUGCUGAUGCUCUGUUUUGCCUGAGGUAAAAGAAAGUGAACAGUUUUGUGACAAGAAAUAGUUAUUGGACUGUAGUCACCCAGGUCUUGAAGAACAGAGCCAGCGAGAUUUAAAGGUCAGAUUUCCACAUGAACUGGAGCCUCUAUUUUGUUGUAAUUGGAAAUCUUAUAUAUUUUCCCUGGUGACAGUGUCUUCGUUGUCCCAGUUCCCAGGCACAGGCUGUAAGAAGCGUGCGUUGUUUCUGCAAACCUGCACAGAGUUGUACCACUCGGUUGUUACUUCCUCGGCUGUCAGACUCUCUCAGGAAUUUGUCUGUGUGCAUGUUGAACAGGAUAACGCUCUUUGUUAGUCUUUUGUCGUUCAAAAUAAAUCACAAAAGAACCUUGUCUACAGAAAACA